CGGGAUCUUCCCGGUCCAGGACACGAACCCGUGUCCCCUGCAUCGGCAGGAGGACUCUCAACCACUGCGCCACCAGGGAAGCCCUAAAGAGGUUAUUUUUAAUGGUAAAUAUUUACUUAUCAAUAUUGCAGGAUGGGUACAAGCACAGGCUCUGAAGCCAAGCUACCAGGGUUUAGGGUUGCCAGAUUUAGGAAAUAAAAAUACAGGGCACCUAGUUAAAUUUGAACUUAAGACAAACAACAAAUAAUUUUUUAGUAUAAGUGUGUCCCAAAUAUUGCACGUGUGCAUGUACAUGUCGCAAGUAUACAUGGUUUGUUUUUUUGCUGAAUCAUUGGAAACAAGUUACAGACACAACACUUCACCCCUAAAUAUCUCAGUGUUCCUUAUAGAGAUAGCUUUCAUAUCAUAAUACCAUCAUCACAUCUAAGAAAAUGACUAAUUCUAUAUCUCAUAUUCAGUUCAUAUUCAAAUUUCCCCAUUUGUCCUGAACUGUUAUUAGUAGGGAAGGGCAUGGAUUCUGGAGAUGAAGAAAAGUGGAAGGAAUUCCUCCUCAAUUUCCCCUUUCAUAAAAUCGGGAUAAGACUAGUACCUACCUGAAUAUUCACAGCGAGCAGCCAUGGAUUUGUGGAACUGGGAUGAAGCAUCAGCACAGGAAGUGCCCCUGGGGAGCAGGCUGUCAGGUCUGGAAGGAGCUGAACUCGACUUCUAUUUCCCUGAACUGGCACUCCAAGGGGACACGCUGACAGCGGAGACAGGUUGGAAAAGUGUCUGUGGGCUGGGACCCCUGAGCGCUGGGGAAGGGCUCCCACAGCCGGACUGGGGCUCCGCAUUACCGUACCCAGAAGCUCCAUGGGGGGCGGAACCCGCCCCUCAGGCUCUUCCGUGGUCGGGAGACUGGACAGACUUGCCGUGCACCGGCUCGGUCCCUUGGAGCCGCGUCUCCCAGGCCCUGGGUCCCGCCCUCUGGGCUGGCUCUGAAGGGGCAGCCGCCCAGAACUGCGCCACCUCCGCGGAAAGUGCCAACUCGUGGUCGGGCGCCCAGGUCGCCGCCAGCUCCACCAGCUGGGACUAUUCUGUUGGCCCGGACGGCGCCACCUAUUGGGGCAAGAGCCUCGGCGGGGAGCCGCCCGCCGACUCUACCAUUUCGUGGGGCGGGCCUGCGGGAUCGGACUAUACCAUCUCCUGGGACUCGGGGCUGCAUACAGACUGCACCACCUCUUCGAAGGAGUACCAGACUUCAGAUCUCACCACUUCUUCCGAACCGAGCCAGCAGUCGGACCGCGCAACCUUGGCUUGUUACCCCAAAGCUAACCACCGAGGUCCCAUUCAGCUGUGGCAGUUCCUCCUGGAGCUACUCCACGACGGGGCGCGUAGCAGCUGCAUCCGCUGGACGGGCAAUAGCCGCGAGUUCCAACUCUGCGACCCCAAAGAGGUGGCGCGGCUGUGGGGCGAGCGCAAGAGGAAGCCCGGCAUGAAUUACGAGAAGCUGAGCCGAGGUCUGCGCUACUACUACCGCCGCGACAUCGUGCGCAAGAGCGGGGGGCGCAAGUACACGUACCGCUUCGGGGGCCGCGUGCCUGGCCUAGUCUAUCCCGACUGCGUGGAGAGCGGACAGGGAGCAACGACUCAAUAAAAAUACACGGUCAAGCAUC